UAAUGCUGUGAAGACAAAAGUGCGAAAUCGAAUGAAACAUAAGAUGUUGGAGGCUAUUUUGAGGAUACGCACAACCUUGAUUAUGUCUGGAAAAUGUUGUAAAGAUCUAAUAAUUACUGAAAGCAUGUUAGAGAAAUUCAAUGUUGGUAUGUAUGAACAUACAAGAAGUCAAGAUUGUCAGAGUAGUAAGGAUGAUGGCCUUAAUGCUCUGUACGAAUAACUCCCAACUCUUGCCUCUGGAUCCACUCACCAGCUGAUCUGUCCCAUGGCAUCUCUCACAGGCUGGUACUGAAGACUGCCGAGUGUCUUGAGCUGCCCUUGUGGGAGGUGCUGGAGGGCAAGGGACUGGAGUAUGAACAGCGUCUCGAGACGCCCGUCAGCACCGAUGACCACGGGGCCCACACUCAGGUCCUGCAGGAGUUAGCUGCCAAGUACCAACACACAUUUGUCAACGAGUCCUUGGCAGCGAUAACGCUCCAAAACAUCGCCUACAGGAACAACAGGGACCUGCGUGGUCUCAUUAAGGCUUCCAGGAAGCGGAGAGAGGCCAAACAUCGAUAACGUCGAGCUACAGCGACAACAGCACGCUGCAAUGGAGAGCCAAAUACGGAGCACAAAGCUCAAGCUCCAGAAGGCCCAGGAGAAACAGGCGGCCAGGGACCGUGUCCUCCUCCAGCGGACACACACUGAGGAAAGGAACGCACAGGCCACACUGGAGGAGGCGGCCUAUCUCUGCUCCCUUACUGGGGAGAUUGAUGCCGCUACACAGGCGAUCCGCGCCCACCAGGAAUGGAGAGACACUGCAAGUCCCUCCUGGUGGCGACGCUUCCUUACUGCAAGAAGGACGUCUAGGACCACAUUAGAACAGUCUGACGACCCGCCACAAGACGUCAGUCCUGUAAGCUUGUCUGCCGAUGAUACACAGACCACCGGCCUCACUCUGGAAGCAGCACUAACCAGGCCACUCAGGCAGAGGACCUCCCAGAGAACAAUGGCCAGGGUGAUCACACCGAGGCUGAUGAUGCACCUGCAGACGCCCGCCCCUCACAGGACAACGGGGACAAGAGGCUCUGCACGUGGCCGCUCUAUCUAUGCCUCCACGCCGCAGUGAGUGUAACCCAUGCUGUGGUCAGAAACAGUGUCCUGUGCCGUGCACACCACCACUGAGACGGGAGUCUCCAUGUCACCUGGAGUCUCCCGGAACAAAUCUACCACCACAAGGCUUUCGAAUUUGCCUUAUCUCUUUCUUCUACUUAAUUAUCUGUUAGACUAUUAAUUUCUAACACAUUCUCAUGCGCGCGGGCGCACACACACACACACACACACACACACACACACACACACCCGGUAGGUCAGUGGUUAGAGCGCUGGCUUCAAAAGCCAGAGGACCGGGGUUCGAUUCCCAGGCCG